GCCUUUGAUCGAUCAAGAACUUGAAGAAGUCUGGACAAUCUCUCCUUGCAAAUCUGUGCUGAGCGCAGACAGGCGCCCUUGAUUUUCUGCCACCUCUUCUUCAUACUUAGAUAGGACUAGGCUAAAGUACGAGCUCUACAGACAGGUGAAGCUUUGAAAGUGGUUGAGUUUUUGAAAGAUGGCUUCGAUGGUGGGUGGUUGCCUGCUCCUGGUCGCCCUUCUCACAGUGGUCAGCCCAUCACUCGCACACGUAACUUGGGAGUCAUGUGGAGAGGGAGAUGUGGAGGUCUUGAACGUGACCAUGACGCCUGAUCCGGCCGUGAGGGGUGGAGUAUUUACGUUCAACUUGCCAGCUAAAACACCGCGUGUCAUCGAGGGGGGCCACGUUUCGGUCUUUGUUUUUUACAAAGGAAUACCGGUCUACUUCGAGAACGACGACCUGUGCGUCAAAACGAAGUGCCCUAUCACCAGCGACGUAUUCACCUUCACCAACACGCAGCAGCUGCCAUCCAUAACGCCCCCCGGGCCGUAUCAAUUGCGAAUCAAGGCUAGUGACCUCGACGGCAAGCCGCUCUUUUGUGCAAAGAUGAAGUUCCAGAUCGUGUCAGGGGCAGAGUCCAAAAGUGCUCCUCUCCUUGUGGCCUCAAGAUAGUGUUGCCCGACUUUAAACGGUCGAGACUCUCUUUUGGAGCUUUCGCUACUUGUAUUUAGUUUAGAGGGGAGACAUUCUUUAUGUAGAUAUGGGUCUCGCUCACUGAGAUGUGCGAUUUAGUCGUACACCCGUGGAGUGUGUUGCAUUCAUGUGCUACUCGACUGAUGCCGAUAUACCUAUGCGACUUCCUGUGUACAUUCUUUUAAGGGCUUCAUAAG